GAGUAUGUAUUGGGAGGACGCAGCAACGUCACCAGACGUUACAGGAAGUGCUGAGUAUCAGUCAGCUGAUCAGUGACAACAACGUUUGCUUCAGCCGCGGUCAAAGAUGGCCUACCCCACAUCCAAAAACCCAUUUGCAGAUGACGAUGAUGAUCAGGAAGAUGUUAAGCCAAAAAACAGGGAAUUUGAUGAUGACCCAAAUGACAUUGGAAUGACUGAUGCAGAGAGGAGGCAGAGGUAUCUUCAACAAGAAGUGAUGCGCACAGCACAGUCUGCUAUCGACAGCAGUCACCGGUCCCUCGGCUACAUCUAUCAAUCAGAAAAGAUGGGUGUAGAAACUGCAGAGGAGCUUAUGCGACAGGGUGAAGCUCUGAGGAGGACAGACAAAAUGUUAGACAACAUGGAUCAAGACCUGAAGACCAGUCAGAAGCAUAUUAACAGUAUCAAGAGUGUGUGGGGUGGACUUGUCAAUUACUUCAAGGGCAAACCAGAAACAAAGCAACCACCUGAGCAGCCGAAAGCCUAUCAGGCCAAUGAAAGAUUACAGAGUGCCAUGUCCAACAGCAGAGACUAUGAAGAUAAGUACCAAGCUAGCCACCCCAACCUAAGAAAACUGGACACAGCUGGUUUUGGUGCUACCGCUUCAAUGGAUGACAGCUCACCUAGACAGAAUGGAUAUUCUCAAAACAGACACCUGAGGGAGGCCCAUCAGACCCUUGACAACAACCUGGAUGAGAUGUCUGAUGGCUUAAGAAGACUGAAGAACCUUGGACUUGGUCUCCAGUCUGAAAUUGAAGACCAAGAUGACUCUAUUGAUUCUCUGCUGAAUAAAGUGGACAAGAUGGACCUGAAGAUCCACAAGACAAACCAGCAGAUAAAAAAUCUCAAAUAAGACUCACACUUGGAUUUGUCUGACGUUAGACAACCACUGCUACAGGUCAAACUUACACUUGACUCUUUAUCCUGGCCUUUGUUGAGUUAAGUAUGUCUUCUUUUGUUUUGUUUACAUUCAUCCACCAAGAUAUAAGUUUUUUUCUUUCUUUAACUAGUUGAAUGAAAUGGAGAGUCUUUGGCGAUGUAGGCAUUUUUUUUUUCUGAUAUGUAGAAUUUCACUACAUUUCUGGAUGAAUGUAGAGCUUUGUUUUUUGUUAUAUUUCUUUUUUUUCUUAUUUUUUGGCAAUUAGUUUUUAAUUAAUCAUCACAGAAUGCUAUGGCUUUGAUUUUGGCAACUAUAGCUUCUUGCCACCUGAGCAAGUGGAUGAAUUGUUUAAUAAUUAAGAGGAGAAAGUGGGCAAAACCAGAAUAUUUUUGUGCUUUUGAUUUGGUAUUUGAAUGAGCCACAUGUCAGAUCCUACUGUGAUGCCUGAACACCUUUCACUACAAAUGUAUAAAAAAAAAGCAAGCAGCAAACCUAGCUCAAGUCACGUUUGCCUUAAAUGUGUUAUGUAUGUACAGUAGAAAAGCUUCUGGAUGUAUGCCAUGAUUCUGUCUCCACUGGUGCUUCUCAACAUGAGUUUUUCCAUUUUGUUUGAAAAGUGCUUUUUUUUUUCUGUCAAUAUGUUCUUCUGCUUUUCCGGCAUUUCAAACUUGAUGUUUUUUUAUGAUGUUUUAUUCAGUACUGCAGAACAAGACUUGGAAUUAAUUAAUGUCAACAUGCUUAGUGGUGGUGUGUGUAUAAAAAAUCCAGAAUUGAAGGAAUAUUCCCACUAUUACAAACAAAAUGUCCAAUAUCUUCAGUAGGUUACAGUCACAGUUUUUUGAGAAAGAAAUUACAUGGUUAUCUAUGAAGUUAAAAAAAUAAGUGAAUUUUCAUGGUUAAUGUUUUUUUUUUUUUGGCCAUGUAAUAUAUGUAUUGUAAUCAACUCCACUGAUCCAAUAAUAAAUCAUUUAUUAGGGGA